UAAAUAUUAAACUUAUCGAUGUACUCGUAAUUAUCGGAUACCGAUUUAAAUCCGAUUUGAUUACAAUUAGAAUUCCAGUGUUCAGUGGUUGUAACAGAUAUAUAAAAUAGAUACGCAAUCGAAGGGUAGUUUAAAAUCCAUAACUUAAAGCAAUUUUAACUGGAUUACAAGCAAACAUUAAAAUACCUGUUUACUGAUACAUUUAGCUGGCAUAAUUCUAAAUCUAUGACGUAGUGUUGGGGGUUUAAGAUACUAGCAAAGAAAUGAUGACGACAUCAUCACCCACUCCCUCAUUACCUUCAAUUGGAACUAAAGUGAACGGUGACCUACUGACCGAUAAAGAAAACACCAACGAACACCUGAGAUCCCUCCCGAAGAGUGGGACAACAACAAAAACAUUUCCUGCCACAACAACGACGUCGACGUCACAACUGACGCCACCGCUAUCGCCAGCCAAGUCACAGCAGAAUUCUAAAAUUCCAUAUCCGCUGUCAAUCCUAUCAGGGGAACCGAAGCUCUUUCACAGGAGUGGUUCAUUGCGACUGCGUGGAACAAAAAGUAAUUUACACGUUCCUCGUUGUGGCAUUAUGGAACACAUUGCUACCCCAAUUGUAGAGGGUUGUGGACGGCUGUAUAAUGGAACAGCAGUUGCAGAUUGUGUUAACCAUAGUGGCAUCACCCACACCGGUUUCAGUUUCCGCAGGAAGGCUCAUUCGACGCGUUCGCCACCAAGGAUUACCAUAGCCGAGUCAGGCAGCAAGUCAAUUGCUAGUGGAAAAGUGGAUCAAAAUAGUAGUUGUACUUCCUCAUUUGGGGAUGUGAAAAAGGACGAGGUUAAUUGCAAAGGAAAAAUUAAUAAUAAUAGUGGAAAUAUGGAGCAAACUAAUGGUGUUGGCGGUAGCGGCGGCGGCGGUGAUGAAACAGGAAAUGGAUAUUCACCAUCAGUGGCAAUGGACCCGGAAGAGAAAACAUUAGAUGACAAUACAACUAAGAAACGGGAUCUUAAUAAGAUGUCUUUAAACCUUAACGGACCGUCAGCGAAUGCAAACAAGUGUGCGUCGUCGUCCACAUCGAAGACUGGUACCCCAACAGGUCGAACACCAAAGACACCAACCAUUUUGACACGAACCCCAUUGUCAACUGUGCCCGAAUCGAAGCUCACACCAAAGACUCCACCAGUGACCCCAGACUCUCCAAGUACAUAUCUCGAUGAUGAUUUAGAUUCAUUGUACAGUUUUGCAACAACGACAUCCGGCCGUUCAACAAUGUCCUGCGAGCACCCUUAUGUGGCAAGGAAUGGUACAACCUUUAGUGGACGAAAGAUGAAAUAUGUUGUCCAUUGUUCGAACUAUGCUGGCCAAAUCGGUGAAGACUAUUUGACUCCGACACAACGCGCUCAGCGCCAAAUUCGUCGUUUAAAAGAACUUUUAUGUGCAGCUCGUCAUGAUCUAGAACAAAAAGAUACUGAAAUACUACGUCUGACCCGGGAAGUAGUUGAAUUGAGAUUAUUCAAAGCUUCCCUUUCAUCACCAGAAGAUCGUUCCAAUUCCAGCGAUGCGGUUACCGUCCGUGAGGCCGAUUUGAAGACAUCACAAGAUGUCUCACCUAUUAUUGACAUGGUCGAUGAGGGAGCCGCGGUCAAAUCCAGCCCUAGGCACAUUCCACACAACCAACACGGUGUUCAACAUCAUCACAUUUGCCAAUCGGAAAUGCAGAGCUCCUAUGCUGACUCUGGGCAUUUUGAAGAUCUGACAACAUCGUCAGUUCAUUCGAAAGAUUCUUCGUCAUUUGCUCAUCACACACAUGAUAUUGCGUGUGGUUCUGAUGAACCUAGUAGCUAUGAGGAGCAACGGCAAGAGUUGAUAAAAUUGUAUGAGGAGCGCAUUGAGGAGCUCAUCAAGACCCAGGACUCUAGUACGAGUGAUCUUAAAAGAAGUCAUAAUGAUAGAGUAGAAGCAUUGUUGCAGAAAUUGGCCGAAUGCAACACUCGCUAUGCAGAUAUCGUUCCCGAUUAUGAGCAUGCCAAGGAGCGCAUUAGAGAGUUGGAGAAGCAAUUGGAGGAUUUGCAACGCAAAUUGGUGGAACAAGAUGAUAAACAAAAUAAGAUGUACUUGCAUAUGUACACACAGGGACAGGAGGCAGAGAGAAUAGCUCGAGCUGAUCAUGCACUGGAAUUGGCGCACAGAGCUCCAAAUAAAGUGUCCAUAACGGAACUGUUGCAUCAACUCCAAAGUACACAGGACGAAUUGGAAAACAUUCGCGCAGCAGAAUGUAGAACACAAUGUGGCAGUAAUCAUGCUCUCCUUACUGCAAAAGAGGCUAUUUCGUUGUGGGUACUUGGCGCGAGGAAGACAAUAUAUCGUCGGCUUUUGGACGCUCAGAAGAAUAAAACCCAUGUUGAUCCCGAAGUAACACUGCAAUUCCUCAAAAGUGCAGUCUAUUAUUUCUUAACCGACAAGGAGAACUCACAGGGUCACCUCAAGGCGAUCGAAAGUAUUUUGGAAUUCACCGAAGCAGAAAAACAAAAUAUUACCAAAGCAAGAGUAUCAAAAUGAAAUAAAAACAAAAAUAUUCAAUAAUAUUCUCCAAAAGCGUUUCAAUGAAUAACGAAAUAGAAUACAUAAUAUACCUUACUCUAUAAUGAUAAAAUAAAGGUUAAAACAAAAAGUUCUAAAAGAAAAGUACCUAGCCUCUAAUGUUAAAUUUAAGCAGACAAAUUAUUUGAUUUUAAAUAAAUUUAACAUUAUUAUUUUAUUUGUUUGGUAAAAUAAUUUUUGUUGAUUUAUUUGUUUAGCUUUUGUAUUUUUUGAAAUAUAUUUUAUUUGUAUUUCUGAUUUAUAUAAAUGUGGAUUUUUUAAAAUAACAUUGUCAUUUUUUUUUAUAUUUUUUUUUAUACAUAAAACAUUUUAUUUAUUUUGCGUGUGACUAUUAUUAUAAAUUAUGAAUGUAAAGGGUUUUAUUUACAACUUAUGGCUGAAAAUAAACGUCCAAAGACACGACAUUGUGAUUAAGGUAGAAAAGAUUAAGCAAAAA